AUGAAUUCAUCGGACCACAGGUCAGAACAUGAAUCGGCGGAUUACGCGCAACAGGAUGAGGAUGUCGGCUCCAGGAGUAACUGGAGACCAUUUCAUGGUCGCUGGCAGCCUCAGUCCGGGGUGAAUUCCCAAGUAGAUCGAAGUGCUUCCCAGCAGACCCCGCAUCCUGCUUCGCAACCCAACACCGCAGGCGGGGUGCCUCGCAGACCCCGUCGGCUACGUAAUGCUCGCAAAGGGAAUGGAACAUUCAAUACUCCUGGGGUCUCUCAGGAUCCAUCUUUUCCUGUAUCGCAGAGCGGAACAGAAGCGCCGUCGCCGUUCGGGACACAGAUUGCGCCGCCAUUUGGGAAUUCGAACUUCACCUUCGGGGCCACAGGCAUGCCGGUUCCUAUGCCAGGCACAUUUCCGGUUGCUCCGAAUGCCUUCGCAAAUCCUUUGCUAUACCAGCAAAAUCCAUUCCUACAACCACAGCAUAUGCCAUGGAAUUUCAUGCAACCCUGGAAUCCUAUCUUCUGGAAUAAUGCUAUCCAGCAAAUGAGUUUUAUGUCCACGUUGGCUUCUGCCUCCGUGAAUACCUCCAACCAGCAGACGGAAGGGUUAGGAGGUGGAAACAAUGGCGCUGCUAUGGCGAUGGCUAGCAAAGAUUCCAAUACAGAAAUCGCUCGCAGGAAAGGUCCGCCACCUACCGUUGCCCCUGUCCCGACCAAAGAGUAUUUGGACCAGGCUCUUCAGAGGCCUAAAAAGUUGCCAGCUCCUCAACCACUUCUCGUUAUCCUUGACUUGAAUGGCACACUUGUCUACCGAAAGAGCCGAAAGUUCCCACCUCAGUUCGUCAAGAGGCCUGGUCUCGACCAUUUCCUGAAGCAGUUAUUAAGCAACUAUACUGUGAUGAUCUGGUCCAGCUCGCAGCCUAAGACUGUAGAUGCGAUAUGUCGGCGUAUCAUGUCGUCUUUCGACAGGAGACGACUGGCCGCGGAAUGGGCUCGAGAUAAACUAGGACUCACAAAUGACCAAUACAAGGAAAAGGUCCAGGUCUACAAGCGUCUCGAGGAGGUGUGGACGGACGAAAGUAUCCAGGCGAAGUACCCAAAAAGCAAGAACAAGCUCGGCAAGCGUAUGUACAAGAUAUUGAUAGAAGGCGAAAAACCGGGCUCGGAGGAUGGUCAGACGUCAGCUGAUGACAGCGCCGCGGUUCCUUCCUCAAAUCUACGAUGGGACCAAACAAAUACGGUCUUGAUCGAUGACAGCAAACUCAAGGCUGCCAGCCAGCCGUACAACCUUCUGGAGGUUCCCGAGUUCACGAAUGAUCCGAACGUGGACGAGUCAAACGUUCUGAAGACGGUCUUGAAAAGACUCAAGAAACUGGCGCGAGUCGACGACGUGAGCCGGAUGAUCCAUCAUUGGGAGUUGCACGAUACAAAGAUCACUCGAGAGAAGACCCCCUGUCAAAUAGUGAAAGUGACUUCUGCUAGCGAUGCGGAGGAGGAUGAACCACACCAACAACAACAACAGCCGCAGCAACAGCAACAGCAGCAGCAGUCAUCCGACGACGUCGAAACUGCAAAGGAGGAGAUGCAAGCCCUAAGCAUCGCGGAAGCCCGCAAGAAGAAGAUAAAAGCCAGGAAGAAGGAAAAGAUGCGGGCUCGCCGACUCGCCAAAAAGCAAGAAAGGCUCCGGCAACUCGAGGAGAAGAAGAGCGUCAAUAAUAAGGAGGCGGAAAGGGAGGAUUCAUGA